AUGGGGCUGGAUUGGAGUAGUAGUGUUGUCACCAGAAGGAAUAUUGUAGGCAAGGCAGUCAUGAAUACGAGUUUCGGAGGGUCGUUCUCCGCGACUAUGAGCCAUGCGACCGAAAACCGUGAUGAAAGCCAGGGGUCCCCUGCCUCACCUAAUGGUGUCUGUACCGUCACAGCCAGCUCGCUAGCCGAUGCUCCAGCUAGUUUCAGUAGUUAUAGUUUCAUUGUUGAUUACUAUGUCCCCGGAGUUGACAUUACAACAAGGCUCACAGUAAUGGACCUGUGA